GUAAGCUCUCUCUUGCUCUCCGACUUCAUUCCCAAAAUGUCUACUACCGUUACAAGAUGCUUUUUUGUUCUUCUCGUUUGCUGCUUUUCCCAAGCUCUCAACGUUUUGCCGAAUUUAAAGGAAAUUGGUACAAAUGCACAGUUGGUCGUCAAUGACAUUGCACCCUUAAUAGAGGAUGAGCAGUGCAGGUCAGACUUGUUAAUUCUUGCAGAUAGUAUUGAAAAACUGGACUUAUGGGCAAUGAAAAUGCUAGACGCCACUGGAAAAUGGAACCCAGCUUUUUUAUUGGGAAACAUCAAAAGCUUAGGAAGCUACGAGGAAUGCGUUUCUAUCCAGCAGUCAAAACCCUAUAUCAAAGGAAAAUAUUGUCUGGCCAAUGUGCACCUUACUUCCAAUGAUGAACAAAUAGAUUCAUUGUUGGAAAUAGCCACGCAAAAAAGACGUAACCGUGAAAUAACUAUGAACAGAACGAAUACGCCGGUACCGGACCUGCUUCCUUCAAUGGCCCUCAUUCAAUUCGGCAUAUGCGUCCCUUCAACCUGCUCAAUUGCGGACGUGCAAAAAGCGUUCGGCUACAUUAUAUCGAAGGAGAAGUCUGCCAACGGCGAGGUACAAAUAGAAUCAUGUUACACUAACGAUGCAACGCCGCUUUCUUCUGGAGAUUUGGCAUUCAUUGGCUGUGUUGCUAUUGUUGCCGGACUGGUAUUCUUGAGUUCUGUGAUUGAAACCAAAUUUGGCGUAAAAGAAGAUGCAGGAUUUACGUAUGGCUGCUUAAUGGCGUUUUCUUUGCCGACCAACUGGAAAAAACUGUUUGUGAUUUCACAUCAUCCGGGUGCAUUGAAAAGCCUUGACGGCAUUCGUGUCUUGAGCACACUAUGGGUUGUUGCCGGGCACAAAAUCAUCUUUACCCUUCAAGAACCGUGGGCGAACAAAUGCUUUCAAGUAAAGUCGCUUGAGAAAUUAGCAAAUAUGCCUUUUACGAACAACAUGCCCAGCGUCGACACCUUCUUCCUGAUGUCUGGCAUGCUGAGAUCAUUCAACCUACUGAAGGAAUUUCAAGGCAAUCGAUUUCGGUUUUUCACUGAUGUCGCUCGCCGUUACUUAAGGCUAACGCCGGUUUAUGCAUUGGUGAUUGCAUUCUACGCUACCUUGUUAACACGGCUAGGUAGUGGUCCUAGAUGGGAAAAGUUCGUGACUGAGCCCGGUGAGGCCUGUGCCGCUCAUUGGAAAAAUAAUUUGCUGUAUAUCAACAGCUACGUCCACAACAACAAACAUUGUAUGAUCCAAACUUGGUAUCUGGCAUCCGACAUGCAUCUCUUUUUGGUCUCGCCUUUGGUUGUUUAUGCUCUGUGGAAAAAACCUGCAACUGGAAAAUUGAUCCUGUUCCUCUUAGCCGCGAUACCGAUUUGUUUCACGGCCUGGUACACCUACAACUUUGAGGUUUUGCCUACCUAUUUGCUCAACAAUUCAGAUGAGAAGCUGAUCAGCUAUCAAAGGGACGUGCACAUCACCACGCACCAUCGAAUGGCUCCUUACGUUGUUGGUUUAGCUCUGGGAUAUAUUCUUUACGUGAAAAAGAAUCUGCACUUAAGUCUGAUGAGCGUGAUCUCUGGCUGGCUAAUGUGCCUUACAACGCUCUACGUCGUGGUAUUUGGUGCCUUCAAUAUCGUCCAGUACGACCAUAAAUACGAUCCGGUUGAAUCUGCUUUGUACGCCAGUUUGCAUCGCAUCGCGUGGGCAUUUGCUGUCGGCUGGCUCAUUUUUGCUUGCAAUAAUGAAAGGGGAGGUUGGAUAACGGAAAUUCUGUCGUUGAACGUUUUUCAACCACUGAGUAAGAUCUCAUACUGCAUAUAUUUGAGCCACUACGUGAUUUUAAUGGUUGGAACGGCGAGGAUAAAAACUCCGCUCUACGCAGACGAUUACGCGCUGAUUCACAGCCUGGCCGGUGAUUUUACGAUAAGCUUUGCAGUAGCCACAGUCCUGUAUCUAUCGGUUGAGGCGCCUCUUUUUGAAAUAACUAGGCUCAUCUUCUCAACUCCUAAGAAUGUUACAAAGAAAAAAGAAAAUUGAAGAUUGGUCACAAUUUGCUCAAAUUAUGCUCUGGUUAAUUCAGGAUAAUUCUAGUUCCAAUUUACCAAUGGUUGAUGAAAAAGUUAUGUUCUAAAUAUAUGCAAAAAUAAAAAAAUUAUAUAAUGAUCUUUACAUUUGAGAAAAACUGAAAUGGCUGUACUCUGGUAUUUUUAUACAUAAAUACUUAAAUCUUUUAUCUGAACCUUUUUAAUGUUUUGAACAAACAAGUUAAUCUUAAUAUACCCAGCACUAACUUAUUUUGUAAACAUUGCAAGAGAUGUGCUGCUAAAUAUAUACAAUUAUAACUGGUUCCAUGGGAGGUCCGUUGCCCCAUGGAUCACACAAAUGCUCAUUACUCGCAAACACGCUCACUUUCUAACGGCGUCAUUAUUUCUUUCUUAAUAACUCAUGUUUCAAUAUAAUCAUUAAUUUUAGCUCAAACCCACUGUCAAGCAGUGAUGAAGAGUUCCGUUUCAUCGCUAUUGUUUUCGCAACUGGCGGGAGUCACUCUCAAAAAACUAUUUUUACAAAAUAUAUUUUUUCAAGUAAAUGAAAUUUCUCUUUUCUUGGUCGAUUGAAAGCUUUUGGCUAUAUAUUAUCUAUCCUUCUUGUUGUUUUUAUGAAUAUAGGGCCAAUAUUUUCAUUGUUUCUAUUUUUGUAUUCGGUAAAACAGGUUAUGGAGAUGUAUGAAUGCCGCACUUUAAACGGGGAUAUUUUACCUAAAAUUUCCUUCAUGCUGCUAACCAGAGUAACCGAUUUAUUGGAGACAAUUACACCUUAUACAUGAGCAAAUUAUCCUCCUUCGUGUUUCUGACGCAAAAUAUUGUAAUAUAGCAACAUGAAUGGAAGCACCAGACCAGCCGGGAUAUGAACAGUAUUAUUAAAAAUUCGAUUCGUGUCUGUAUGUACGUUUAUUGUUGCUUAUUCUGAAUUGUUCUCUAGUAUUUUUUUUAUUGAAGUUAUAUUGAUCAGUCAUUUCGGUCUUUCCCUCUUUACAUGUUUGUAGAAACACUGUCAAAGAUGUUAUCAAAAUUAAUCGCAAAAAAUGACUUCUAAUUACUGCUUUCUUUUUCAAAGCUUUGGAACUGUAUCAAGUCUUAUUGUAUUUUAUAACUCGACAAUAUAAAUCAAUGUUUUAAUAUACAAAAUGUAAACCUUAAAUAUUUCAAAAACGUUUAACAUAUACCAAGAUAAGGUUGCGAAAUAUUAAGGUUGUAAAAUUGUAGUCUCAGAAUUUGGCAACCGCUGCUUUAACUUUCGAUGAGCGCAGAUGGUGUGAAUUCUGGAAUAUCUUUAUUUUAGAGUUCAAAAUAAAUAUUCUAUAUAAAAGUAACAAUAAUUUUUUUAAAGUU